AUGGAUGAACCAUGGAAGCACAUAUCAGAAAAUGGACGCCGAUUAAAAGAACUACAGCGAGAAGAACUAGAGACCCUUGUUCUUGAGAUGUGCGACGAGUAUGACAUGAGAAAUAUUAGAUUAUUAAAUUUACGUGUUUCUAUUGAUAAAUUACAAACAUGCUUAGAAGUUGCAGAAGAAAAUUCAAGAAAAGCAGUACUUGGUUUUGUUAUAGCUCCAGAAUCACAAAUUACUAAGCCAACUGUGAAAAGUCCAAAGCAUAAAGAGUUUACAGCUCCUGUUUAUGGAGCAUUUAACUCAUAUCAGGCAGGAAACAAACGAAUUGUUACACUCCGUCAUCAAGUUGAAACGUUAUUAACUCGAAUUCAAAAUACAAUGAAUGAAACACAACGACUUUUGCAUAAAAAAGACAAAUACAAGAAAUUGCUCGAAGAAAGAAAAGUUCCUGAAAGUGAACCUUUCAAUCAUCACGUAGUUCCAGUGAAAAAGAAGCCUCAAAUCAAUAACAUUACAUUUGGUAAAGCUGUUAAAUGUACAAAAGAUCUAAUUAACAAAGAAAAUGAUCCUCAGAUUCAUAACUUAUUAACUACUGUAUAUUGCUUAUUAACAAACAAUAAUAUUGAAGCCUUACAAGCAUAUUCUGAAAUAGCAUUCCCUGUUCUUACAGAAAUGAGUAUUACAGAACUUAGAGAACAAUUAAGCGAUCGUAAUGCCCAAAUUUCGAUUUUAAACGAACAAUACAAAGAUUUCCAAAGGAGACAUGGACGCCUUGUUGAUGACUUUACUUCUCUAAAUGAGAAGAUGAGAGAUCACAUAAUUGAAGAUGAUACAGAGAAAAACAACAUUUUGGCUCAAAUCGAAGAACUUGAACAGAUUUUGAGACAAAUUCCAGAGAAACAAAAAGAAAUUACAGAGUUAACAGAAGAGAGAGAGAAACUAUAUGAUGCAAUUGAACAGGUUCAUGCAGAAGGAAUGAAAACAAUUGAUUUCGAAGUCGAAAAUAAGUCAAAAAUACAGGAAAUGGAAAAAGAAAAGAUUUCACUCGAUUUCACUUACAAAGCAUUAUUACAAGAAAAUGGAGAUAAGAAACAAAGUGAAGAAGAUAUUAGAACACAGAACAAACGAGUUCUUGAUGAGUUAAACGAAAUGCUUACAACAAAAACAGAAGUUACUGCUCAAAAAACAGUUAUCAACGAUAAAUUUAAUUUACUUCUCAAAGUUAACAUCGAAGAUCCUAUUACACUUGCGCAAGUUGCUGAGUUCUGUAAAGCUAUUACUGUUUCAGAAAUCGAAGAAAGACAUAAAGCAGCAGUUGAUGAACAAGCUGAAGUUAAGAAAGAAGUUCAUGAACUCAAAGAUGAAUGCAAAUUGCUCAAAAGAAAACAUGGUGUUCUCUCAAGAGCUGUUUCAGAUUACAAGAAGAAAAUUGCAGAAGAAGAUGCAAAGAUUGCAAAACUUAAAGAAAACCAAAAUGAGAAACUUCAUGUUCAAGUGUUCGAACCAGAAUCUUCAAAGAAUUCAACAAUGCAACAAACAGAUGAACUCAAAAAUAGCGGAAAAGCAACAAAUGCAUCAGAGAAAGAUAAUGAAGACUCAAAUCCACCAGAAAAAGAUACAAAAGAAGAUGAAAAAGAGUCAUCUAGCAGUAAAGAUAAAAAACCAGAAGCUAAAAAUAAGAAAUCAAGUGAUUCAGAAAAACUCAAUGAAAAAGAAAGUAAAAAGGCCAAAGAAAGCGAAAAAGAACAGAAAACAAGUGAUAAAGAGAAAUCUAGCGAUAAGGAAGAAAAGGAGAAGAGUAACAAGGAAGAAGAAAAGCCAAAGAAUACAGAAAGCCAGCUAAGAAAGAGUGGAACCAUCCAUUCUGAUUUCGAAUCAGUUGAUUCAGAUGAAAAUAUUGUUAUUUCUGCAACACAAACUUUAGAUCCUCCUGGAAAUGCUAGUAAUAGCAAUUCUCCUGUACCUGAUGAAAUUGCUGAUUCCGAAGACGAAGUAAUGCAAUCUGAGGAAAUUAAGGAGAAGUCAGAUUCAUCUGACAAUGAUUUUUAA